AUGGCACCAGAGGACCGUAUUGGCACGCCGCAUAUCCCCAUCGACCCGGAGCGCGUGGUCGCCCUCGUCGAGUCCGACUACCCGGACCAAACAACCGAAAAUGCGCCCGAAGAUGAGACCUCGCAAGCCAUUGCCCGCAACUUGAUCGAGUUCUUGGAACACGAGGUCAAACACGGGCGAUUGCCGGUGAAUCUGCUGCCUCUGCAGUCUGGGAUUGGCAACAUUGCAAACGCUGUUAUCGGCGGCCUGGCUAAAGGAGGAGCAAACUUCAAGAACCUGAAAGUCUGGACGGAAGUGUUGCAGGAUUCCUUCCUCGACCUCUUCGACAGUGGAAACCUGGACUUUGCCACCGCGACCUCUAUUCGUUUCUCUCCCGGGGGGUUCCAACGCUUUUACGAUGGUUGGGAGAAUUAUCACUCCAAACUCAUCCUCCGGUCCCAGCAAGUGUCCAACUCACCUGAAAUCAUCCGCCGGCUCGGCGUGAUCGGCAUGAACACGCCCGUCGAAGUCGACAUCUACGCUCACGCCAACAGUACGUGCGUGUUGGGCUCGCGCAUGCUUAACGGCCUGGGCGGAUCCGCAGACUUCCUCCGUUCAUCCAAAUACUCCAUCAUGCAUACGCCCAGCACGCGACCUUCGAAAACCGACCCUACCGGCGUGAGUUGCAUUGUGCCAAUGUGCACACACGUCGACCAGACAGAGCACGAUCUGGACGUUGUCGUGACUGAAAUCGGCCUUGCAGACGUGCGAGGAAUGUGUCCUCGCGAAAGAGCCCGCGAGAUUAUCAAGCAGUGCGCCCAUCCCGACUACCGGCCCAUUCUCCAGGAUUACUUCGACAGGGCCGAGUACGAGUGCUUGAAGAAAGGUAUGGGUCACGAGCCGCACUUGCUCUUCAACUCUUUCGAUAUGCAUAAGAAUUUAGUGGAGAAUGGAACCAUGAAGAUCAGUGGUUGGAAAUAG